AUGGCUGGUCCACUUGGUAAUGCUGCAUGGCAGAAUAUCCUCCAAAAAGCCCACGUUGCCGAAUCAAUCGUGAAUGGACAAUGGGUUGAAGUGCUUCACAACUACUUCCCCGCCCCGGCGUUCAUCAUCUGCCCUGAAGGGAGAGAUACAGCCAAUGGUAGGACAGACAUGGUGGUCCUGCAAGUCAGAAACAAUGGGGGUGCCAUGGAGCGCAGGAGAGUCCUUGCCUUCGAAGGCAAGAGAGGCGCGGACAACCCCCCUGCCACUACACAGGCCUUCUUCAACAACCUUCCGCAGCUUGCUGGGUAUAUGGCCAACAAUGCUAGACUCGGGCAGUACCGAUACGGAUUCCUUGCGCUUGGUGCACAAGCGGUCCUCAUGAGUUGGCAGCAGGGUGCUGCUCAGAACGACAUCUACGAAGUCAGAAUUGGAGCCGGAGGAGUCGUUCGAUACGGGCAGCCCAACAACUCCUUGACCGUCGCCAAUGCAAAUGACGCUCAAGAACUUGGGCUCCUUAUGCAAGUGGUGAAUAACGCUGCAGUCGACCCAAACAAUCAAGCUAUUGGUUGGUCGACCGACUUUACCUAG